AAAUAAAGAGAAAAGAUGCCGAUUGAUUUUUAUUACUUGGAGUACAGUCCACCGUGUCGGUCGGUUCUAUUGCUGGCAAAAGCGAUCGGCGUUCAUUUGAACUUGAAAACGAUCUCUCCUUUGAAAGGGGAACACAUGAAAUCCGAAUUUGUGAAGUUGAAUCCGCAACACGUAAUACCGACCAUAGACGAUAAUGGCUUCGUCUUAUGCGAAAGCCGGCCAAUCAUGGGAUACUUGGUGAGCAAAUACGCCAAGAACGAUUCUCUGUAUCCGAAAGACCCAAAGAAGAGGGGUAUGGUGGAUCAAAUGUUGUAUUUUGAUAUCGGUACCCUCAACGAGAACGUGGUCAAAUGUUACUACUCGGCAAUAUUUUUGGGGGCGCAUUCCUUGAACGAGGAGAACGUACAAGCUGUGGAGAGAUCGUGCCAGGUGUUGAACGCUUAUCUCGACGAUCGCGAGUACGUUGCCGGCGAUACGCUCACCAUUGCCGAUUUUGCCAUCCACACGACCAUUUGCGUCCUGUUGUGUUUUGACUUCGAUAUCGACCGAUACGACAAUCUGGCGACUUGGUACGAUAGUUGUAAGAAAGUUUUGGAUAAAUUUGGUUUCGAGGCUGUGCACGCCCCCGGAACGAAAUUGUUUGCCGACUUGUAUCGGGCGAAUUUACAAGGAUCUACUUUGUCCACGCCUACGAGCAAAAUAUAUACAAUUUGUUUUUUUUCUUUUUCUUUCGUUUUUUUUGUUUUAACAAUCGAUAUAAGCAUGUUGUUCUCGAACAAAGUUAUCGAGUUGAUGCAUAGCGGCGACGGUGGAUCAGGAGUUGAAAUUAAAAUGCCGAUCGAUUUUUAUCAACUUCUCGGAAGCCCACCGUGCCGCGCAGUUGCAUUGACGGCCGCUGCUCUUGAUAUCGAAAUGAACUUCAAACAAGUUAAUUUGAUGAAUGGGGAACACUUGAAGCCUGAAUUUUUAAAGAUAAACCCACAACACACGAUACCUACAAUUGAUGACAAUGGUUUCUAUUUAUGGGAAAGUCGAGCCAUUAUGAUGUAUUUGGCGGACCAAUACGGCAAAAAUGACUCUCUGUACCCGAAGGAUCUGAAGAAACGGGCGAUCGUUAAUCAAAGAUUGUACUUCGACAUGUGCAAUUUAUAUAAAUCGUUCAUGGAUUAUUACUAUCCUAUCAUUUUCAUGAAAGCGGGUAAAGAUCAAGCAAAAUACGAGAGCAUUGGCACGGCGCUUUCGUUUCUCGAUAAAUUCCUCGAAGGGGAAAGCUAUGUGGCAGGAAAGAACAUGACUCUUGCCGAUUUAAGUAUCGUAACCACCGUCUCGACGAUAGAGGUCAUGGACUACGAUCUCGGCAAAUAUAAGAACGUUACGAGAUGGUUCGCAAAGAUAAAAUCUGAGAUACCGAAAUACGAAGAGUACAACAACGGUGGAUUAAAAAUGUUCAAAGCCUUGGUGGAGGAAAAGUUGUCGAAAAAGUAAACCGAAGAUGGGAUGGGAUAAUUUAUUGUGCGUUUAUAUUAUAAUUCCUUUCCGCUUUUUAUUAUUAUAUGAACAAUGAUUUUACACGAAUAAAGUGUUGGUUCAUCCUUUCGGGGAUUGAAUUUUAAUUAUAA